AUAAUUAAUGAAAUGACGAGAUGAUAAAAUAUAAUUUUGACCCAAUAAAGAUAAACUGUGUGUAAAACUAAGUAUCUGUUUGUAUUGACAACGAUGAACCACGAGUAUAUCAGGGCGCAGUUAAAGGAGGCGUUCAUCCAGAACUUAAUUAAAUUCCUAAGGGCGACGAAGGCGUUUCUGGACGCGUUGAGCGAGUCAGGCGCUGCGUGUGUGUCCCGCGCCACGGCCAUCAAGUUCCUGCUCGCGCGCAAGUUCGAUGUGGCGCGCGCGCAUGCGCUGUGGCGGCAGCAUGAGGCCACGCGCCGCCGAGAGGGACUCAACAAGUUCGAACCCUUCGAGGAUCCACUCAAAUCAGAACUUGAAACUGGAAAAUUUACUAUAUUGCCGACGAGAGAUGGAACGGGAGCAGCGAUCGCGGUUUUUACAGCGAACAAACAUUUUCCUACACAAACUACGCAUCAGACCACACUACAGGGCGUAGUGUACCAGUUGGACGUCGCGCUACAGUCCGUGGAUACGCAGCGAGCUGGUCUCGUCUUCAUAUACGACAUGACCGACUCCAAGUACACCAAUUUUGAUUACGAGCUCUCGCAGAAAAUACUCACCAUGUUGAAGGGAGGUUACCCUGCAAAGCUGAAGAAGGUGUUAAUAGUGACAGCGCCGCUGUGGUUCAAGGCACCGUUCCGCAUCCUACGGCUGUUCGUGCGCGAGAAGCUUCGCGAGCGCGUGCACACGGUGAACGCGCCGCAGCUGGGCCUGCACGUGCCGCGCGCCAGCCUGCCCAAGCAGCUCGGCGGGCUGCACGAGCCCGACCACGCCGCCUGGUUGGAGCACUGCAAGAACUGUUUCACGAAUAACCUGCAGAACGCUAAACUGGACGGAGUUAUCGAUGAAUAUGUAAUCAGCAAUCACAUACCGCCGAUCAAGCCGCAAAAUGGUAUAAUAGAGCACGAGGGUGCAUGUGAUAUGACCAGUGACCGCGCGACUCGUCUCGGUGACAACAAGACAGACAUGCACAUCAGCGGCGACCCCCCGUACACCUGCGACCCCAGUCCACUCAGGCAUAAACACGGUUACAAUGGUGAUACGAAGGCCAGGCAUAUCAACUCUGGAGACGAAGAGGACGUUGAUAUAAGCACGCGCGGCACUUGGUCGUCGGGCUCGGUGUCGCCGGGGCUGUCGGACGAGGAGUGCGGCGGCGGCGGCGCGGGCGCGGCGCUGUCCCCCGCGGCGCUGCUGGCGCGCGUGCGCGAGCUCGGCCGCCGCGGCCUCGUCGCCGAGUACGAGGACAUCCGCGCCAGGCCGCCGCACGGCACCUUCCACAACGCCAAAUUGCCGAGUAAUCUAGCCAAGAACCGUUACACGGACGUACUGUGUUACGACCACUCGCGGGUGCUGCUCUCACAGACAGACCCCGACGAUCCCACCACAGAUUACAUUAACGCCAACUACGUUGAUGGAUACAAACAGAAAAAUGCAUAUAUUUGUACACAAGGUCCCCUGCCAAAGACUUUCGGUGACUUCUGGCGCAUGGUGUGGGAGCAGGGCUCGCUGGUGCUGGUGAUGACGACGCGCGCGGUGGAGCGCGGGCGCGUCAAGUGCGGCCAGUACUGGCCGCUGGCCGCCGCGCAGCGCGCCGUCUACGGGGACUUCGCCGUCACCACCGAGGCCGUCGAGCAAGAGGACGACUACACCAUCACGCAUCUGCUGCUCACCGACCUCAGGCGCGCGCAGUCCCGGCGCGUGUGGCACGGGCAGUACACGCGCUGGCCGGACUACGGCGUGCCGGGCGGCGGCAGCGCGCAGCCCGUGCUGCGCUUCCUGCUCCUCGUGCGCCGCGCGCAGCAGCGGGCGCUGCACGAGUUGGGAGAUGCUUGGGCUGGACACAGUAGAGGACCUCCCAUUGUCGUCCAUUGUUCAGCGGGUAUCGGAAGGACAGGCACGUUCCUGACGCUGGACAUCUGCGCGUCGCGUCUGGCGGCGGAGGGCGCGCUGGACGUGCGCGGCACUGUGGAGCGGAUCCGCGCGCAGCGAGCGCACUCCAUACAGAUGCCCGACCAGUACGUGUUCUGCCAUCUGGCGCUGCUCGAGUACGCGGUGAUGCACGGGUACCUGGACUCUGCAGAUUUGGCCGGCUUCGACGACGAAAACGAAGAAGAGUCUGAAUGAAGACUGACUCGUCCGUCCUGCGUCGUGCUGUGAGCCUGCCCCCGCAGAGCGCGCGCCCGCAGUGACCUCAGCCGAGCGACUGCUCUCACAGACUCAUACAGUGUUUAUAUCGCUAACCAACACCCACCCACGUGUACGUGUCAUAGACCUCAGUCCGACUGACCAAAGACCGCGCGUGAACGGACACGGUGCAAUAGUACGGAACCCCUUCUCACAGCCGCCAAGCAACUGCACAAAUGACAGAUGUGUUCAUUAGGCUAGCAGUGCGACCCGAGCGACAGGGCCCACACACGACCCGCACACGACCACACACUACGUGCGCCAGCGGCUGGAGCUACACGCUAUCCGCAUAGCUUAAGAAAAUAUUAUCAAAACGUUCCUGUAGCAUGAAUAAGAACUGAAUUAUCAGGUAUGGGAAGGAAGCCUCCUAACUCAAGUAUUUAUUUGCAUAUUAUACUGUGUAACCAAAAAUAUUUCCACGAUUAUUUAGGUUUUUAAUAUUUAUUUAUAUGAUGUAAGGAGUUAUAUGGCUGUGUGAAGUUUUUGUCUGUAACUUAUGUAGUCAUGUUUAUUUUGUAUUCAAUGAAUGAAUUAUUAUAUUUAAAUGCCACAAAAUCAUUUUAUGUAAAUGUGACCGCUGAAUAUCAUUUGGUACGAUUUAAUAUACGUUGAGGUGCUGGUAGGCUUAAAACAUGAAUUCAUGCUAACCAUUUAAAUGUUUCAUUCGCGAAGUGUCGCAUGUGUAUUAUACAUUUUUAUAAUCGCUAACGCUCUUCUUGAGCCAUUAUAUGAAUUUAUGAUAAUGUUCUGAGGCAUCUAGACGUCGUUACGAAUUAUUAUAAAUUAUUAUAUUAUAAAUUUUACAUAGACUGAGUAAUGUUAAUAUGUUCUAAAGAUUUACACGCGGCCCGUCGUACUAGCGUAAAUUUAUUAUAACCUCAAAGUUGAAAUCAACCUAUAUCUUCGUUUCUAAUUCGUUCUAGUAAAGGAUUUAAUCAAACAUACA